UUUUGAGACCUGCACUUCUGUAUUCCAACCAUUACGACUUAUUUUUAAAAUAGUUUAAGAAAAUUUCGCAGAAGCUUCACUGUAACGGUUCACAUUACUUAUUUUCUUGGGACCUUUUAAAAGAAACGUAACGAGGAAGUGGUCAAAAGUCUGGUUAUAAAGUAUUCUGAAGCGGAACCAGUGACAUUUCAGAUGCUGUGUCGAAGAGAAACAAAGCUGCCCAUUGUAAGCUGUCAGAAGUAACUUGUGAAGACUCUGGUGUGGAGGUUUUAAGGAGUUUUCGGGAUGGAGGACAUCGACGGUGUUUUGGCUCUGCGGGAUUACAUCAAACACGUAGAUCAUUCGUCUUUACCGCGCAUAUUGCAGGUCUGCUCCGGAGUUUAUUUCCAAGGCUCAGUGUAUGAGAUCUCAGGUUCUGAAGUGUGUCUGUCUACUGGUGACUUGGUGAAGAUUACAAGCCUUAAGCUCCUGGCUGUCUCUUGUGAGGACAUUAUCAAUAACACCUCAUUUGAGCUGCCCAUCAACCAUUCAGGUUUGUUCACACUGGUUCGUGAGGAGCUACCUUACAGUACAAUAGAGGAGAUAGUAGGACUGCUACCUGUUGGUGUGGAUGCAAUUGGCUCAUUCUCCUUCUUCAGCAAAAAUGAUCUUAUCAUUGAGAACCUCACAGUGCCAGCUGGGACAGAGAUGAAUCUUCUAACUGUUGAGCUCAAUAAGGAUGGGGAGCGUUUUGUUCGCUGUCAGCUCAUGGGCCAGCAGGAAGUCGCUGCAGAAGUCCACAUUCCCUUUUCUUGUCAUGGAGAGUUCUAUGAAUGCCAGAAUGACCGUGGCUACUCCCUUUAUGAGAUCAUGUACUCAGCCAGGCUACGCACGAGACGGUUCUCUAAAACAAACCCAGAUACAUGUGGCAGCCCGUUGUUCUUUAGCCCAGUCUAUGAAAUCCAAGGCAUCAUGCACAUGAGGAAGAACAUAGUGACGUUCCCCUCCACCCUGGAAGUGGAUGUAACAGAUGUGACUGAGCAGUGUAAACAUAUAACAUUUGUAACUCCACUAUCUCUAGCUGAGGUAGCUGUACAGCCAAAUGAGGCCUUUCCUACUAUGGCAGAGAUCUUGGAAGGACCUAUGGCUAAUCCGUUCCUAUGCUGCAGCUGGUUGAAAGAGCUACAAAAAAACAAGCAUCUUGUGCUGCACAACUGUAAUAAAACACGCAUGGUGUUAGCGUGUGCCCCAAAGGGGAGAAAAACCCAGCAGUACUUCCUGCUUUCUCAGAGCUAUGGUGGCCAAGUACGGAGAAGAGCAAGGGAGUUUAGCUCAGUAUAUGAAGUGUAUAUGGCAUUCUCUCUUUCUCCAGGACUGAGAGUUUCUGUGACAAGGCACUUUGAGGGUAUUGAGGAGGAAGGAGUGCCUGCUCUUAGUGCUGGGGAACAGCUGGAAGUUUUGAGAUUACAAACAGCAAAUGCAUCAGAAACUGAGUUAGGGGCUCCUGGGAGUGUGGAAAGCCUGAUCUGCAAGCGGAUUGAGGAUGAGGAUGAGGAUGAUGACGAGGGGUGUGAGAGUAGCGAAAAUGAGAUCUGCCUCCCUCUAUUUACUCCAGCCAACUUUGUUGAGAUUCUGUUAGAUAAGAAAAAGUAUGGUUUAACUGAACUGGUCAAGAACGUCUCCUUUCCCUUGGAUGUGAAAGUGGUGAGUCAUGAUAAAACACUGGAAAAAGAUCCACUGGGGGGUUUAAUUCUGAGACUGGAAGGUGUUCUAGAAGAGACCACUGUGCUUGCCAGCUUGCCUGAAACUCCAGACAAAUGCUUUGAAUUGCCUGUUCCCUGGCUGCAGCUUUCUCUAUCAUUCAUCUCAGACCCCUUACCCUGGCCUGAUUCCAAGAGCCCAGAGGUUCAGCUACAGACUGUCACUGAGGUAACAGAGCAUUUCUACCAUGAAUAUAAGCUUACUGAAAAAACUGUGGCUCCUCCUCCACCGCGUCCUCCUAAGAGAAAAACAGUGACCUUACAAUCACAGAAAGUGUGUGCAAAGCCUAAAGAAGCCACUCUGCACAUCAAAAGUAGUCCGACUGUAAAACCGGACCAUUCUCCUCUGGGCCAAACAAAACGUAGACCACCACCACCAACACCAAAUGAAACAGAAGAUGUACCCCCUCCUUUGGUUCCUAGAAAGUCUAUCUCAGAGAGUAUAGCCAUACCAAAUAUGUAUGUGAAGUCUCCAAGACAAAAGCCACGUAAUACAGAAAGAAAGACCUCAGGAAGCGAUCAUGACUACGAACCUGUGGAAGACUUGCUAACAACUCUUGAUCAUAUCAUGUUUUACUAGUCCUUUAUAAAAAAAAAAAAAAACAGAUACUGUUGCAACGUGAAGUGUCUAAUGUACAUGAGAUUGCGUUUGAACUUUUUAUUAGGCAGUAUGAAGUAUGAAAUGUACACAAAUACCCAAAGAACAAAACGACCAUUACAAACAAACCAUUUAUUUAAUUAUAAACAUUUUUAAAGGACAAUGUGUACAUUAAUAUUAAAAUGUUUUCAAACCACA